AUGGUUCGGGGUGAACUGCCGUUUCCCAAGUGUAAAAUAGCGUUGGAUUCUGUCAUAUUUCCAGAUAAAGCUUCCAAUGAGAAAAUAGCUUCCAAUUUUGCUGAUAUAUUGUCCCAAAUGGCUCAAGAUGUAACUGGUGAGGAGUGUAGAGUGCUUGGCUUUUGGCUUUUUGAAAUGGUGUUGAAGGAGGCUAGGAAAACAUUGGAAGGAUUAUUGAAUGGGGGAUCUCAUGGUGAUUCCCGUUCUCGGCUCAUUAAACUGGCAAGAUGGCUUGUGGAAUCUGAAAUGGUUCCAGUUAGGCUACUUCAAGAACGUUGUGAGGAGGAAUUCUUGGGGGAGGCUGAAUUGAUCAAAAUUAAGGCUCAGGAGUUGAAGGGUAAAGAGGUCAGAGUUAAUACGCGACUUCUCUAUCAGCAAACCAAAUUCAAUCUUCUCAGAGAAGAGAGUGAGGGCUAUGCAAAGCUGGUGACUCUUCUUUGCCGAGAUUCUGAAGCACCUACGCAAAAAUCAUCUGCAGCAACCAUUGGCAUUAUUAAGUCAUUAAUUGGUCAUUUUGAUUUGGAUCCAAAUCGCGUUUUUGAUAUUGUCCUAGAGUGUUUUGAACUGCAGCCUGAUGAUGAUGUGUUUAUAGAGUUGAUUCCUAUAUUUCCAAAGUCUCAUGCAUCGCAGAUUCUUGGAUUUAAAUUUCAAUAUUAUCAACGCAUGGAAGUCAGCAGUUCUGUUCCGUUUGGGCUCUAUAGACUUACAGCCUUGCUGGUGAAGCAAAAUUUUAUUGAUCUUGAUAGCAUAUACGCUCAUCUACUUCCCAGAGAUGAUGAGGCAUUUGAGCAUUACAAUACUUUCUCUUCCAAGCGCCUUGAUGAGGCUAAUAAAAUUGGAAGAAUAAACCUUGCUGCAACUGGAAAAGAUCUAAUGGACGAUGAGAAACAGGGGGAUGUCACUAUAGAUCUCUUUGCUGCCUUAGACCUUGAAACAGAAGCAAUUGAAGAACGAACAACAGAGCUUCAAACAAGUCAGACUUUGGGCUUGCUUACUGGCUUUCUCGCCGUGGAUGACUGGUAUCAUGCACAUCUACUGUUUGAACGCCUUUCACCUCUCAAUGCUGUGGAACAUAUUCAAAUAUGUGAUAGUUUGUUUAGGCUUAUUGAGAAGUCAAUUUGUUCAGCAUACGAUGUUGUUCGUCAGACACAUCUUCAAAAUCCUGGAUCGACAGGAGGCCCUGAUGUUAUGGAUAUAGAUAACUCUUCAGGAUAUAGUUCUUUCAUAGAUCUACCAAAGGAACUUUUUCAGAUGCUAGCUUGUACUGGACCUUAUCUCUACCGUGAUACUGUACUGUUGCAGAAGGUUUGUAGGGUGUUGAGAGGUUAUUACCUUUCUGCUCUUGAGCUUGUAAGUCGCAGCAAUGGUGUCUUUAAUCCUCAAUUACAUGUUCCUGGAAACCCUAACCUACAUCUUAAGGAGGCAAGGCUAAAGGUGGAGGAUGCUUUAGGAGCAUGUGUAUUACCUUCCCUGCAGUUAAUUCCUGCCAAUCCAGCUGUUGGCCAGGAAAUAUGGGAACUAAUGAGUCUUCUUCCUUAUGAGGUGCGAUAUCGAUUGUAUGGUGAAUGGGAGAAAGAUGAUGAGCGCAUUCCUAUGCUCUUAGCUGCAAGACAGACUGCCAAGUUGGACACUAGACGUAUUUUGAAACGGCUGGCAAAGGAAAAUUUGAAGCAAUUGGGUCGGAUGGUUGCAAAAUUAGCCCAUGCCAACCCUAUGACUGUCCUCCGCACAAUUGUUCAUCAGAUUGAGGCUUACAGAGACAUGAUUACUCCUGUAGUGGAUGCAUUUAAGUACUUAACCCAGCUCGAGUAUGAUAUAUUGGAAUAUGUUGUGAUUGAGCGAUUGGCACUUGGUGGACGUGAUAAGUUAAAGGAUGAUGGCCUUAAUUUGUCAGACUGGCUUCAAUCUCUAGCUUCAUUUUGGGGCCAUCUAUAUAUGCGGGAUGCCUUGUAUCAAAUUCCAGGAUGCAGAUCAACCUUAGCAAAUGCUGGAUUACUGGGCAUAGCAGCAUUUUAUGUCCCUGAGUGGAUGAUCAGUUUAGUGGUAUUUAUGGGGUAUUAUGCGAAGGAGGGGGCUGGUUUGGAUCCUUCUGAUGAGACUUCGAUUGUAGUAGCAUUCUUGUGUAAGAAGUACCCAUCAAUGGAAUUACGGGGCCUUUUCCAGUAUCUUGUGAAUCAGUUAAAAAAAGGGCAAGGAAUUGAGCUUGUUCUACUGCAGGAGCUUAUUCAACAAAUGGCAAAUGUCCAGUACACUGAGAACUUGACUGAGGAACAGCUUGAUGCAAUGGCAGGUAGUGAUACUCUCAGAUAUCAAGCAACUUCUUUUGGGGUAACUCGGAAUAACAAGGCAUUGAUAAAGUCAACUAGCAGACUUAGAGAUGCAUUACUUCCAAAAGAUGAACCAAAGUUGGCAGUCCCGCUGUUACUGCUUCUUGCUCAACAUCGUUCUCUGGUUGUCAUCAAGGCAGAUGCACCCUACAUUAAGAUGGUUAGUGAGCAGUUCGAUAGAUGUCAUGGAACUCUCCUUCAGUAUGUGGAAUUUCUUGGCAGUGCAGUCACACCAGCAUCAAAUUAUGGCAUUCUUAUUCCCUCCCUCAAUGACCUGGUCCACCUUUACCACCUUGACCCUGAGGUUGCUUUCUUGAUAUAUCGUCCUGUGAUGAGGCUUUUCAAGUCUCAGAAAAAUCCUGACGUUUAUUGGCCCUUGGAUGAUAAAAAUUCUGCUAGUGAUGCAUCUUCGAACAUUGAAUCAAUUCGCUUGGAUAAUUCUGGUAGUAUGGUUCUAAAUCUUGGCUCUGCUCAAAAUCCUAUAAGUUGGUCGUAUCUUCUUGAUACUGUUAAAACCAUGUUGCCUCCAAAAGCAUGGAAUAGCUUAUCUCCUGAUCUUUAUGCAACAUUUUGGGGACUUACAUUAUAUGAUCUGUAUGUCCCAAAAAAUCGAUACGAAUCGGAAAUAGCCAAGCUGCAUGCAAAUCUUAAAUCUUUGGAGGAGCUUUCUGACAAUUCCAGCUCAGCAAUUACAAAGAGGAAGAAAGAAAAGGAAAGAAUUCAGGAAUCUCUUGACCGUCUGAUUAGUGAACUGCAUAAACAUGAGGAGAGUGUUGCAUCUGUUCGUAGACGGCUAUCUCAUGAAAAAGACAGAUGGUUAAGUUCCUGUCCUGACACCUUGAAGAUCAACAUGGAGUUUCUUCAGCGUUGUAUUUUUCCACGCUGUACUUUCAGUAUGCCAGAUGCUGUUUAUUGUGCUAUGUUUGUCCACACACUGCAUUCCCUUGGAACCCCCUUUUUUAACACAGUCAAUCACGUAGAUGUUUUGAUUUGUAAGACCCUUCAACCUAUGAUUUGCUGCUGCACUGAAUAUGAGGCAGGCAGGCUUGGCAGGUUUCUGUAUGAGACUUUGAAGAUUGCUUACUAUUGGAAGAGUGAUGAAUCUAUUUAUGAACGUGAGUGUGGAAACAUGCCAGGCUUUGCCGUCUACUAUAGAUAUCCAAAUAGCCAGCGAGUUACAUAUGGGCAGUUCAUUAAGGUACACUGGAAGUGGAGUCAAAGAAUCACACGUUUACUAAUUCAGUGUCUGGAAUCUAGCGAGUACAUGGAAAUUAGAAAUGCUCUUAUAAUGUUGACAAAAAUUUCUAGUGUUUUCCCUGUUACACGGAAGAGUGGGAUAAACCUCGAAAAGCGAGUAGCUAAGAUUAAAAGUGAUGAAAGAGAGGAUCUUAAAGUGUUGGCCACUGGUGUUGCAGCAGCAUUAGCUGCUAGGAAGCCUUCUUGGGUUACCGACGAAGAAUUUGGUAUGGGUUAUCUUGAGUUGAAACCUGCACCAUCUUUGACUAAAUCUUCAGCUGGCAAUUCAGCAACUGUACCUAGUGGGAUCAAUCUCAAUGUUUCACAAACUGAAUCUGCCAGUGGAAAACAUGUGGACUCUGGAAACACAGCCAAAGAUCAGUUAAUAAGAACAAAACCUGUAGAUGGCAAGUCUGAAAGAACUGAAAGCAUUACCACGGCAAAAUCUGAUUCUGGCCAUAUAAAAGUCAAGAGUGGUUCAAUGGUGAAUGGAUUAGAUGCCCAAACAUCCUUGGUUGCAUCUUCUGUACAAUCUGGGAUGUCAAAAUCUACGGAAAACUCAAAGCAAGUGGAAGAAUCCUUAAAUAGAGCAUCAGAUGAUCAUGGGACUAGAAUUUCUGAGUCAAGAAGUUCAGCAAAGCGUUCAGUGCCUACUGGUUCACUUUCAAAGCCCUCAAAACAAGACCCUGUAAAAGAGGAUGGUAGGUCUGGAAAACCAGUUGCUAGAACUUCUGGUUCCUCGAGUAGUGACAAAGAUCUACAAACCCAUGUGUUGGAGGGAAGACACAGCGGAACUACCAAUGUAGCUUCUUCAGUUAGUGCUAAUGGUAACACCAUUUCAUGUUCUACUAAAGGUUCAAAUCCACCAGUAAGGAUUUCAUUGGAUGGUCCAGGUAAUGAGUCAAAGGCAGAGAUUGGAGUUUCCAAGUCUUCUGAUAUUAGGGCAUCUGUGGUGAAGGAUGAUGGAAAUGAUACCACUGAUUUCGUGAGAGGAUCUUCUUCUCGUGUAGUGCAUUCCCCUAGGCAUGAAAACACAGGAGUCGCGUCAAAAUCUAAUGAUAAAGUUCAGAAGAGAGCCAGUUCUGCUGAAGAACCAGACAGAUUAGGUAAACGACGGAAAGGGGAUGUUGAGCUAAGAGAUUUUGAAAGUGAAGUUCGAUUCACUGAAAGAGAUAAGCUGAUGGAUCCUCGCUUUGCUGAUGACAAAUUGGGACCAGAGGAACAUGGUCUAUCCAGGGCAGGUGAUAAGCCACUGGAACGGCCGAAAGAGAAAGGCAGUGAAAGAUAUGAAAGGGAGCACAGGGAAAGAUUAGACCGAAUGGACAAAUCUCGUGAUGACUCUGGGGCAGAAAAACCUAGGGAUAGAUCAAUUGAAAGAUAUGGAAGAGAACGAUCUGUUGAGAGAUUGCAAGAGAGAGGUAGUGAGAGGAGUUUUAAUAGACUCCCUGAGAAAGCUAAGGAUGAAAGAAGCAAGGAUGAUAGAAAUAAAUUACGUUACAGUGAUGCAUCAGUAGAAAAAUCUCAUGCUGAUGAUCGCUUCCAUGGUCAAAGCUUGCCUCCACCACCCCCUUUACCUCCUAAUAUGGUUCCUCAAUCUGUAGGAGCUGGUAGGCGUGAUGAAGAUGCUGAUAGGAGGUAUGGAGGUACGAGGCACUCUCAAAGACUUUCUCCAAGACAUGAAGAAAAGGAACGGAGACGAUCUGAAGAGACUGUGGUUUCUCAGGAUGAUGCUAAACGCCGAAAAGAAGAUGAUUUUCGAGAUCGAAAACGGGAAGAAAUUAAGGUUGAAGAGAGGGAGAGAGAAAGAGAGAAAGCAAACAUUCUAAAGGAAGAAUUGGAUUUAAAUUCCGUGUCCAAGAGACGCAAACUUAAGAGGGAGCAUCUACCUGCUGGUGAACCUGGGGAGUACUCACCAGUGGCUCCUCCACCUCCUCCCCCUGGUAUUGGUAUGUCACUAGGGUAUGAUGGAAGGGAUAGAGGAGACAGAAAGGGACCCAUUAUCCAGCAUCCAAACUACAUAGAUGAACCAAAUCUGAGGAUUCACGGUAAAGAGGUGGCCAGCAAGUUGAAUCGUCGGGAGUCAGACCCCUUGUAUGAUCGUGAAUGGGAUGAUGAGAAGAGACAAAGAGCUGAUCAAAAGAGAAGGCACCGGAAGUAG